AUGGGGUCCUCCCUGCGUCUCUGCGACGGGGGCGACCUGGCAUCCUCGCUCCGGGCUGGUGACAUACAAGACAGAAAGGGUGGCCCAUUACAGACUUCCUUAGUCUUUUCCAAAGAUUUCGGUUUGCUUGUGUUUGUUCGGAAAUCACUUAGCAUUGAUGAAUUUCGUGAUUGUCGAGAAGAAAUCCUAAAAUUUUUAUGUAUUUUCUUAGAAAAAAUUGGCCAGAAGAUCACACCUUAUUCUCUUGAUAUUAAGAAUACUUGUACCAGUGUUUAUACAAAAGAUAAAGCUGCUAAAUGUAAGAUUCCAGCCCUUGAACUUCUUAUUAAGUUACUUCAUACUUUGAGAAGUUCUAGACUCAUGGAUGAAUUUAGAGUUGGGGAAUUAUUUAGCAAAUUCUAUGGAGAACUUGCAUUGAAAACAAAAAUACCAGAUACAGUUUUAGAAAAAAUAUAUGAGCUCUUAGGAGUAUUAGGGGAAGUUCAUCCUAGUGAGAUGAUAAAUAAUUCAGAAAAACUGUUCCGGGCUUUUCUGGGUGAGCUUAAGACCCAGAUGACAUCAACAGUAAGAGAGCCCAAACUACCUGUUGUAGCAGGAUGUUUGAAGGGAUUGUCAUCACUUAUGUGCAACUUCACUAAAUCCAUGGAAGAAGAUCCCCAGACUUCAAGGGAGAUUUUUGAUUUUGCAUUAAAGGCAAUUCAUCCUCAGAUUGAUCUGAAGAGAUAUGCAGUGCCCUUAGCUGGCUUAUACUUAUUUACCCUGCACGCAUCUCAAUUUAGCACCUGCCUUCUGGACAACUACGUUUCUUUAUUUGAAGUCAUGUCAAAAUGGUGCAGCCACACAAACAUAGAAUUGAAAAAAGCUGCACAUUCAGCUCUGGACUCUUUUCUGAAACAGGUUUCUUUUCUGGUGGCAAAAGAUGCAGAAAUGCAUAAAAGUAAGCUGCAGUACUUUAUGGAACAAUUCUAUGGAAUCAUCAGGAACAUGGAUUCAAACAGCAAGGAUUUAUCCAUUGCGAUUCGUGGAUAUGGACUUUUUGCAGGACCUUGCAAGGUCAUAAAUGCAAAAGAUGUUGACUUCAUGUAUGUAGAGCUCAUUCAACGCUGCAAACAGCUGUUCCUCACCCAGAUGGACACUAUUGAUGACCACAUUUACCAGAUGCCAAGCUUCCUCCAGUCUAUUGCAAGUGUCUUGCUUUACCUGGAUACAGUCCCUGAGGUGUAUACUUCAGUUCUGGAACAUCUCAUGGUGAUACAGAUAGACAGUUUCCCACAGUAUAGUCCAAAAAUGCAGUUGGUAUGUUGUAAAGCCAUAGUGAAAGUUUUCCUAGCCUUAGCAGAAAAAGGACCAGUUCUCUGGAAUUGCAUUAAUACUGUGGUGCAUCAGAGUUUAAUCAGAAUAUGUUCUAAAGCAGUGAUCCUUCAAAAGGGUGCUGAGUCUGAAUUGGAAGACCAUCGUGCAUCAGGGGAAGUUAGAACUGGCAAAUGGAAAGUACCCACAUACAAAGACUAUUUGGAUCUUUUUAGAAAUCUUCUGAGCUGUGACCAGAUAAUGGAUUCUGUUUUAGCAGAUGAAGCAUUUUUCUUUGUGAAUUCCUCCCUUCAAAGACUGAAUCGCUUGCUAUAUGAUGAAUUUGUAAAGUCUGUUUUGAAGAUUGUUGACAAAUUGGAUCUUACACUAAAAAAACAGAAUGUUGGAGAACAAGAGGAUGAAAAUGAACCCACUGGUGUUUGGGUGAUCCCGACUUCAGAUCCAGCUGCUAAUUUGUAUCCUGCUAAACCUAAAGAUUUUUCAGCUUUCAUUAACCUGGUGGAAUUUUGCAGAGAGAUUCUUCCUGAGAAACAUGUAGAAUUUUUUGAGCCCUGGUUAUACUCAUUUGCAUAUGAAUUAAUAUGUCAGUGUAUACGGUUGCCACUCAUUAGUGGUUUCUACAAAUUGCUUUCUAUUGCUGUGAGUAAUGCCAAGAAAAUAAAAUAUUUUGAGGGAGUUGGUCCUAAGAGUCAGAAACAGUCACCUGAGAACCCAGAAAAGUAUUCUUGCUUCGCUUUAUUUGCAAAAUUUGGUAAAGAGGUAUCAGUUAAAAUGAAGCAAUACAAAGAUGAACUUUUGGCCUCCUGUUUGACCUUUAUUCUAUCCCUGCCACAUGACAUCAUUGAACUUGAUGUUAGAGCCUACGUUCCCGCAUUACAGAUGGCUUUUAAACUGGGCCUGAGCUAUCCCCCACUGGCAGAAGCAGGCCUGCGUGCCCUAGAAGAGUGGUCGGCUCACAUCAGUAAACAAGUAAUCCAGCCCUAUUACAAGGACAUUCUCCCUAGUCUUGAUGGGUAUUUGAAAACUUCAGCCUUAUCAGGUGAGAACAAGAAUAACUGGGAAGUGUCAGCACUUUCUCGGGCUGCCCAGAAAGGAUUUAAUAAAGUUGUGUUGAAGCAUCUGAAAAACACAAAGAACAUCUUAUCAAAUGAAGCACUGUCCUUAGAAGAAAUAAGGAUUAGAGUAGUACAGAUGCUUGGCACUCUAGGAGGGCAAGUAAGCAAAAAUCUUAUAACAGCUGCAUCCUCAGAUGAAAUGAUGAAGAAAUAUGUAGCAUGGGAUAGAGAAAAAAGACUCAGUUUUUCAGUACCAUUUAUGGAUAUGAAGCCUGUCAUUUACCUGGAUAUAUUUCUGCCUCGGGUUACGGAACUAGCUCUUUCAGCCAGUGACAGACAAACUAAAGUUGCAGCUUGUGAACUUUUACAUAGCAUGGUUAUGUUUAUGUUGGGCAAAGCCACUCAAAUACCUGAAGGUGGUCAGGGUUCCCCACCUAUGUACCAACUCUAUAAGCGAACUUUUCCUGUGCUACUUCGACUUGCAUGUGAUGUAGAUCAGGUGACAAGGCAACUGUUUGAGCCACUGGUUAUGCAGCUGAUUCACUGGUUCACUAACAAUAAGAAAUUUGAAAGCCAGGAUACUGUUGCCUUACUAGAAACGAUAUUG